AUGCUGCCUGGAGAGGAACGCUGGGACCCCACGGUCUCGGCGGUUCCAAUGACAGUGUCUGCUCCUCCUACGAACCUGCGCAGAACACUGUCUCAUCCUGACCAACACCUUCUUUCGCCUGCCGAUGAGGAAGAUGGCCGGCUGGAUGCAUUCCCGGUCUGUGCGCUGUCAGCUGCUGGACUAUGUUCUCGUCCUGAGGCGAGAUCAGCAGGAUGUGCUGGUGACAAAGGCGAUCCCGGAUGCCAACGGGUGGACGGACCAUUGCCUCGUCAUCUCCAAGAUGAUUAUCCGCCUACAGCCACGCGGGAAUCCUCAAGGUAAGCGACCAGCAGGUUAGUUGAAUACUGCUUUAUUGAAUGCGCCCGCUCAUCAUUUCCAUCUUAGCAAUGAACUAACUCAACGACUAGCUAAACUUCCAGUCGCCGCCGCCGACGACGAGGACGCCUCCGUGGAGAACCGAUGGUGCCAACUGAGGGACACGGUCCAGUCAACCGCCCUGGCUGUACUCGGUCGCGCACGCCACCAACAUCAGGACUGGUUGGACGACAAUGACUCCGCUAUUAGCAACCAACUCGCCGAGAAGAACCGCCUGCACAAAGCCUACGCCAACCGCCCUACCGACGACAAGGAAGCAGCCUUCUACCGUAGACGCCGUCUUGUGCAACAGCGGCUGCGGGAGAUGGAGGAUGCUUGGACGGCUUCCAAAGCCGAGGAGGUCCAAGAGUACACGGAUCAUAACGAAUGGAAUAACAUGCUGUAUGAUUCGCCAUACUGA